CUGGUGCAGCAGGUCAGCUGUCAUGGCUCAAACAGGCUCCCAGAUGCUCCCGCUAUUGGCUCUCGUAUUGGUUUGGCUGAUUUGCGACUUCACCACUGUCUGUGAGUUUGCCACAGGAGCUACUGUAGCCUCUAAAGACCGAAAAACCUGUUUGAAAAUAGAGAAUGACAUCCGUGAGGCCGUGUGCAAUGAGAAUCAUCUUCCAGGUGCAGGGUGGUCAUGUUGUGGAAUGCAGGCUUUCAACCCUGAAGAAGCCACUUGUUGUAAAGAUGGAUACACCAACGACACAGCUGUUACAGAGGGUCUGAGCGAAAAGGUGUCAGCUUGCUGUGGACUAAAGGCCUAUGACCAACUCAACUUUAUGUGUUGUAACUCAACCAUCUUAGCCAAACCUGCGCCAAAUGCCAAAUGUUGUGAUAAUGAUGCUUAUGAUGAGGACAAGCAGAUGUGUUGUGGUCCGCUAGAGAACAAGACGAUCCUGACGAGAAAUUCCAGUGACCACCGGUGCUGUGGACGUGACCAGUUUGACCUUAAGACUGAGCGCUGCUGUGACAUGAACGACAGUCUUAAGAUACAGCCGAUCACAUCCAGCUGCUGUGGAAAGGAGUCAGCUGUCUGUGGAACAGAGGCCUACAACACAUCAAAUGAACUAUGCUGUCAAUCAACUGUUGUAUCCAAACCUGCAUCAAAUGCCAAAUGCUGUGCAGAAAAUGCUUAUGAUGAGGACAAGCAGAUGUGUUGUGGUCCGAUGGAGAACAAGACGAUCCUGACGAGAAAUUCCAGUGACCACCGGUGCUGUGGACGUGACCAGUUUGACCUUAAGACUGAGUGCUGCUGUGACAUGAACGACAGUCUUAAGAUACAGCCGAUCACAUCCAGCUGCUGUGGGAAGGAGUCAGCUGUCUGUGGAACAGAGGCCUACAACACAUCAAAUGAACUAUGCUGUCAAUCAACUGUUGUAUCCAAACCUGCAUCAAAUGCCAAAUGCUGUGCAGAAAAUGCUUAUGAUGAGGACAAGCAGAUGUGUUGUGGUCCGAUGGAGAACAAGGCGAUCCUGACGAGAAAUUCCAGUGACCACGACUGA